AUGCAGAAGCAAAGCCUUAAUCUUAUCGCAGCAGAGAAUUAUCCAAGCAAAGCCGUUUUGCAAGCCCUUGGUGUCUGCCUAGGAGGCAAAUACUUCGAAAGAAGACCUGGGAAGAUGUAUAAUGCUGAUAACGAAUCUGUUCGGCUUAUACAGCUUCUGUGCGAAAAGAGAGCACUGGAAACCUUUCACCUCUCCCCAGACCAAUGGGGUGUAAAUGUGAAACCGUUGUCUGGUUCCCCAGCUAACCUUGCUGUCUACACAGCUGUCGUCGGGCCUCAUGGUCGCCUGAUGGGACUGGACUUUCUCGAUGGUGGUCACAUGACACACGGGUUCAUGAACUUAAAAAAGAAAAUGUCAUCGUCUUCGAUUUUUUUUGAAUCCUUGCCUUACAAGGUCGACCAGAAAACUGGAUAUAUUGACUACGAUAUUUUGGAACGUAAUGCCCGUCUAUUUAAGCCGGCGUUAAUCAUAGCAGGGGCAACCUGUUAUCCCCGCCAUUUAGAUUAUAUUCGUUUCCAUCAAAUAGCCAAUGAAGUAGAUUGUCUUUUAAUGGCAGACAUGGCACACAUCAGUGGUCUUGUUGCAGCAGGGGUUGUCCCAAGCCCCUUUGAUCAUUGUGAUAUUGUUACUACCACCUGUCACAAAUCCUUGAGAGGACCCAUGGCUGGAAUGAUCUUUUACAAAAAAGGUACGAAUGUCUCUCUUCCCCCUCCCUCUCCUCUCUCUCCCCAUCUCUAUCCUCUCUCUCUCCCCUCCCUCCCUCCUCUAUCUCUCAUAUGCUUUUUUUGCUUUGGCUAUCAAGAAAAUUUCUUUUUUCUAUCUAUCUAUCUAUCUAUCUAUCUAUCUAUCUAUCUAUCUAUCUAUCUAUCUAUUUUUCACCCAUCCCAUUCAUAUCUAGCUAGUUUUCCCACUAUCUAUCUAUCUAUCUAUCUAUCUAUCUAUCUAUCUAUCUAUCUAUCUAUCUAUCUAUCUAUCUAUCUACAUCAAUCAGUUCAUAUCUUUCUCGGUCUGUACGUAUUUAUCUCAUAG